AUGGUUGUAGACAGCAAAAAUGUGGAAUGGGCCGUGGGGUCAUUCUGCCCCUUUAAAUCACUAGGAGCGGAUGGCAUAUUCCCAGUGCUUUUACAAAAAGGCCUGGAAUUUGUCAUCUUUCCUAUGACGAAGCUAUUUAUCGCAAGAAUCGCUCUAAAACACGUGCCAUCGGCAUGGAACGAUGGUAUAGUGGCGUUUAUUCCCAAACGCGGAAGCGAGGGCUACAUUGCUAUAAAAGACUUCAAACCGAUCAGCCUAACGUCUUUUAUUUUAAAGACGCUGGAGAGGCAGGUUGAGAGAUAUAUCAGGGAUAAGGUACUUUUGGCUUCACCACUUCACAGAGGACAGCAUGCUUUUCAGGACGAUUGCUCGGCAGAGACGGCACUCCAUGCUGUUGUGGCAAAAUUGGAGCAGCAGUUGGAAAAAAGAAGUAUACUGUGGGUACGUUCUUGGAUAUAG